AUGUCCCAACCCUUAAAUAAACACAAAAUUCCUGAUCGAGUAUUAAAAUAAUACCAAGAAAUCGGUUUAAACCCUACUUUAUUAUAAUAAGCCUGGGACGAAUGUAAAGGAAACGAGAGUACCUUACUAGACUCUUACCAAAACCUCUAUACUACCAUGAGUUAUAAUUAAUAAAUCGAACAAGCUGAAAAACAAUCAUAUAUAUAAUAAUAAAACUUACAAAAAUACACUAAUAAUAUGGACGAAGAGAAAUAAUUAAAUUAAGCAAUUUUAGAAAGCGUCCAAGAGGCUAAACAUAAAUAAUUGAUAAUAGAGCCUUUAAAUCCAGAAUAGAGAAUUAGAAAAGAAGGAACCCCAGUAGGUUUAAAAAAUUUAGGUAAUACAUGCUAUAUGAAUCCUCUUUUACAAAUAUAUUUCCACAACGCAUAAUUUACAAAAGAAAUAAUGAAUUUUUAACCUUUAAAAGAAGAAGAAAUAAAAGGAAAAGACCAAAACUAAUUAAAAAAUAUAAAAUCAUGUAUUUAACUUGUUUAAGAAAUGCAAAAUCUAUAUGGGCAUUUAAUUGGAAGUGAAAAAAUGUACGCUGACCCAUCUGAUAUUGUGAAAAAUAUACUAGACGAAAACGGAGAAUAGUAUUAAAUAGGCAAUUAAUAAGAUAUUGGUGAAUUUAAUAUUAAUUUAUUAGCAAGAAUAAACGAAGGACUUUUAUAUUCAAGAAAAUAAUAAGUUAAAAAAUUAUCUAAUAGUAAUAAUAAUAAUAAUAAUAAUAAUAUGGAAAUGGAGGAAUUAGUAUAUUCUUAAAAUUUAAGCUAAAAUAAUAAUGAUGAUAUAAUAUCAAGAAUUACUAUAAAUUAAGAAGAAAAUAAUAGUGAAUUGACUGUCUCAAAAAGCUUUUAAUUAAAUAUGAGUGUAGAAACUGUCGUUACUUAAUAAUUCUUUGGAAAAGUCUUUAUUUAAAUGAAAUAUAUGCUAGGUGAUUAAUAUCAUUAGAAAGAAUAAGAAGAAAUAUUUAAUAUUAUUUACUUAGAUAUUAAACAAAAAGAACUCUAUUAUGCUUUAGAUGAAUAUGUAAUCAAUAAAAUAGAUGAAUAUAAAAACGAUAGGGGAGAUAUUGUUUAAGCUGAUAAAUAUAAUUGGAUAAAAAAGGCCCCCAAGACCCUUUUUUUUUAACUCUAGAGGGUUAUAUAUGAUAAAGAGACUAAAAAUUUGAAAAAAAUAAACGAUUUUUUCCAGAUUGAGAAAGAAAUUUACCUCGAAAGGUUCAUGUAUAGCCAAAAAGAAGCUUAUUUGUAAAUUUAUUCUCAGGCAACUAUAUCUGUUUUGGAGGAAAAUAUUUAAAAAAUAUAGGAAAGAGUAGACCUUUUAUAAUAAAAAAUUAACUUCUUAUAAAAAAAUAUAAGUCAAUCUUACAAUAAUUUCAAUAAAAAUAAAUACUAUCUCCAAGCUAUAAUAAUACACGAUGGUGAUGCAUAAAGUGGGCAUUAUUAUACUUUCAUUUAAGAUCUAUAAUAAAAAAAAUGGAGGCGAUAUAAUGACAUUUAAGUCUCAGAAGAAACUGAAGAAAACGUCUUUAAGGAAGCCUCUGGUGGCUGGGGUAAGGCUAGUGCAUAUAGUCUAGUAUACGUGACUUAUGACAGUGCUAUUCCAGUUGAAAAUAUGCCCAUGAGGUUAUAUCAAUUCCCUUCUAAUGAACAUAAGAUUGUUGAUUAUUACUAUAAUUUAUUAUCAGAAGAACAAUAGAAUCAAAUUUGUGUUGAUAAUUUAAAAUUUUAAGAAGAAAUAGAAGACUAUCGGGCAAACAAUCAAAAUUUGAGUAAACUAAUGAAUAAUCAAGGAAAUGUAAAUUGA